CUGACCCGGGGAAUUCGAGUGGAUGUGGAAGCGCGUUUCGCCGACCGGCGCCCCGAGCCGGACCCGGCGUGGCUGUUUCGGUACGACAUCGCCAUCACCAACGAGUCAGAGGAAUUGGUGCAACUCCUCAGUCGUCACUGGGUCAUCGAGCACGGCGAAGGACAGCUCGAAGAGGUGCGCGGUCCCGGAGUGGUCGGGGCUCGCCCCUAUCUCGUCCCGGGCGAGUCCUUUCACUACUCCUCAUGGUGUCCACUGCGCGCGCCCUUCGGCUCGAUGCGAGGCUCCUACCUGAUGGAGAUCCCCGGCGGGAACCGCUUCAAGGUCGAGAUCGCGCAGUUCACGUUGAGUGAACCGGUCACGCUGCACUGA